CGAGAGAGAGAGAGAGACUUGUCCAUAAACACACAUUCCUCUGCAGUCUCUGUGAGGGGCAGGCUCAGAGUGUGCUGGAAGCCUGGUGCUGUUCUUUAGUGAGCCUCGCUCCAGUUGUUUAGUCACACAGGGAAACCAGAGCAGAGACGGAGGAGGAAGAGCAGAGCAGUCACACAAGAGGAGGUCUGACGACACUAUCCGUAUGCACUGACCCUUGUAUUUAACACAUGUAGACAUACAUGCACACGCGCAUGCUGCAUUGAUACAGUGUAAACAAGGACCAUCUAUAUAAACACACAAGCUGUCACGGUGCAACACGUGUAUGCGGCGAGCCCUGGACAACUGGACUUCUGGCUGACUUCUGACCGGACACAUAGCGCUCCAGCAGCCCAUUACAAGAGUGUGUGUGUAAGUGUGUGUGAGCACACCGGAGAUGCCCUCCAGACCUUCUCACAGUAGGAGGUCCAGCACGGGGAUGGAUGACACAUGUUCUACAUCGACUGGGAUCCUUACAGCAUUCUGAUCCACUAAAGGAAAUACUGGCCCAAGACUGACCGCUAAACAGAAGAAAAGUCAUCCAGAAGCCAACGAUAAAAGGACUUUACUUUUCAACCUUUCCCCCAGGCUGGAAUGAUGUUGUGGAACAAGUUUGCCUACCACUUGCUUUCGUUGGCAGCCCUACUGGUGGCAGUGGGCUGCAGCGGAGGGGAGCAUAGAAAAGGGACAGAUGGCAGUGCCAGCAGCGCAGGACAGGGCAGCACAGGUGGCAGCACGGGUAGCAGUAGCAGCAGUAGUAGUAGUAGUAGUGAAAUUAGUAGCAGCAGUAAUCGGAGGUACCACAGAGUCCAGCAUGGACAGUGCACCUACACUUUUAUCCUACCUGAGGGCGAUGGCAGCGGAGGGAAUUCGUGCCGACAAGGGAAAGCAGCGACGCAGUUUAACAGCGCCAAUGCGCUGCAGAGAGACGCUCCACCACUGGAAGAGGACUUCGCUUCCCAGAAGAUCCAACACCUGGAGCACGUCAUGGAAAACUACACUCAGUGGCUGCAGAAGAUUGAAAACGACAUAAAGGAGAGCAUGAAGACAGAGAUGGCCCAGCUGCAGCAGAGUGCCGUUCACAACCACACGGCCGCCAUGUUGGAGAUGGGCACCAACCUCUUGUCCCAGACGGCCGAGCAGACCCGCAAGCUAACGGAUGUAGAGACGCAGGUUCUGAACCAAACCUCCAGACUAGAGAUUCAGCUGCUUGAGAACUCCCUGUCCACCAACAAGCUGGAGAAGCAGCUCAUGGUGCAGACCAACGAGAUCAGAAAGCUCCACGACAAGAACGGGUUCAUGGAGCAGAAGAUGCAGGAGAUGGAGUCUCGACACCGGGAGGAGCUGGGGACGCUGCGGGAGGAGAAGGGAAGCCUGCAGGCUCUGGUGGGGAAACAGAGUGGGGUGAUCCGUGAGCUGGAGACCCAGCUGACCAGGGCCACGGGCAACAGCACCGCCAUGCAGAGGCAGCAGCAGGAAAUGAUGGACACAGUGCACAACCUCAUCAGCCUCUGCAACAAGGACGGAGUCCCAAACAGCACGAAGCGGGUGGACGAAGAGAAGAAGUUUCGGGACUGUGCCGAUCUGUACCAGGCUGGUUUCUACAAGAAUGGGGUCUACACCAUACAUAUUAAUGCCCAGGAGACAAAAAAGGUGCAUUGUAACAUGGAGACCGCUGGCGGUGGAUGGACGAUCAUCCAGCGAAGAGAGGAUGGCAGCGUCGACUUCCAGAAAACGUGGAAGGAGUACAAGACGGGCUUUGGGACCGUUUCUGCAGAGCACUGGCUGGGGAAUGAGUUUGUAUACCUGCUGACCAGCCAGAGGCAGUAUGCCCUUCGUGUGGAGCUCACCGACUGGGACGGACACCAGGCCUUCUCCCUGUACGACCGCUUUCACAUCGAUAGUGAGAAACGCAACUACAGACUGUUCCUGAAGAGUCACAGUGGGACAGCAGGCAGGCAGAGCAGUCUGGUGAUCCACGGGGCAGACUUCAGCACCAAAGACAUGGACAACGACAACUGCAUCUGCAAGUGUGCCCUCAUGCUCACAGGGGGUUGGUGGUUCGAUGCCUGCGGCCCGUCCAACCUAAACGGAAUGUACUUCACCAAAGGGCAACACAUCGGGAAGCUAAAUGGCAUCAAGUGGCACUACUUUAAGGGUCCCAGCUACUCGUUACGAGCAACAACCAUGAUGAUUCGUCCGCUGGACUUCUCAUAGACAUCGAGUGCGUCCAGAAUGGCACCCUAUUCCCUAUAUUAUGCAAUACUUUAAAUUAGUGCACCAUAUAGGGAAUAAGGUGCCAUUUCAGAUGCAACGUUAGAGUUCCACUCCACACUCUCUGUAAGGCCAAUGGGACAACUAUAUUAGAAGGAAUGCUUCCUGCUUUACCCUGUUACUAUCGUUUCACCAUAACAACUUUGGAGUUUGUCCGGAGGGGAACUCUACACCACCUGGCUGUUGCUUGGUAACGUUACUCCAGGAGUCAGCCUGGAAGUGUGGUUGGAGAGAAGAGGGCUUGUGGAAUGAGAGAGGGUCUCGUCUUAUCAUAGAGCUAAACUGUGAGUGAUGAACUCCUUGCGAAGUUGGAGGACAAACUGCUUCGCUCUUUUUUUAUAUUUGACGCAUGAACUCAAGUAGAGUUCAGCUCUCACCCCAGGCCUGUGGACUCUCACCCCAGGCCUGUGGACUCUCACCCCCAGGCCUGUGGACUAUUGGGGUAGACUUCUCUCCUUUUUGGGAACUGACUGCAACAUUGCAGCUUUGUCUGCAUAUGUAGGCUACAUGACAGACUACACAACUACCCAUAGACUACAUGACAGACUGCGUAGAUGCCUUCAGACUACACGACUCCCUAUGUGCAUCUGGAAUGUUCUCACAACCAUAUGGGAGAUAUAGGCAUUUUUAUAGAGGUGUUGCACCAAGACAUUGAGACAUUGAACAAUGUUUUGUUUUUCAUGCUUUUUAUUUCUAUAUAGCCUAAUACAUUUGGAAUGACAUGAUGUUUUUUCUACAUAAGUCACUCUGGAUCGUUUCUGGAGAGGAAAAGUCACAAGUCACAAGGUCACCUUCAGUAUAAAAUGUCUUAUAUGUACUACGAACUCCACAGGCAGUUCUGAGAACAAGUCUGGCUCAGUCAAUGGUUUGCUGCCACUUAUAUAGUUGUUGUCCUGCCAGAGUGUGCUGAUUAUUUUCAAAGUUCAAAAUGCCACGUUAUUAUUGGAUUUGGCAACUGACGGAGAUUUAUCUGCAUUUUGUAUUGGCUGAUAACCAAUGGCUGCCAAGGCUAAAAAUGUGGUGAUGUUCUUUCCUCAUUUAAAUAUGAAAAAUAAUAUACUGUAAUGAAUACAGAUGCAUAUUAUAUAUAUAUAUAUAAUAUUAAAGCAUUGCCAUACAGUAACUAGUAAAAUUGUGUAUAAGAAGGACAACAUUAUUUGUUACACCAAACCAAUUGAAGGUAGUGCACGUUAUGCACUAUUUAUCUCUACUAGAUGUUGUAUGAAUAUGGUAAGUUUUCCAUCUCAAGUAUUGCAAUACAUCUACCCCCCUAAAGCGUAAAGAAAUGGUUGGAGUUAUUAUACAUUUUCUGAGAGUUUUUGGAACCCUUUGAACAUCAGAUUGUGAUUUUUCAUUUGAAAACACUGUACAGUAUACAGUAUUGGGGUACAGCAAAGUGUAGAUGAUCUGAACCAUUCCGACCACAUAAAAAAAAAACCUACCUAGCCAUUGUGUGCGCUUGGAUCAUAGCUUCAUAAAUGUUCCUUUCAAAUGGUACUCCUCAGUUUGCUUUGCUUUAGCAAUGGUUUUUUUUAAAAAGGGGAAGAGGUUAUGUUAUGAAUAAUCACCUUUUUAUGACCGGAGGUGGCUACAGGGCCUUGACAGAAAUGUGGUCUGUCCAUAUUUUGAAACUCUAACCACUGACCAAAAGAUAAGUCCCAUUUUAUUGGAAACACCCCACAACGUCCUUCGAAUGUGUCUUUGCUUAGACAUACAACCGCACUGAACCCCAGAUCCAGACAGGUUUUUCCUCUUUCAUCAUUUUAGCUUAGAAACGGUUGUUUUAAUAACGUUUGGCUGAGGCAUAAAAUGGAGGAUUCCUUUAAGUGUACUGUGUGUACUUGUAAUGCAUUACUACCAGCAUGAAACAAGAAAGAAUGUACGGUUUAAUAUACAAUGUUACUAAAGGUGGGCUACAUGUUGAGGAAAGACACAUGGAACUUGUAAAACUAUGAAAUGACAUGUUUAUUAACAUACUAAAAUUGUAUAAUUUAAGUGUAUAUGUAAAAUAACUUUCCUGAGGAAAGCCACUCCUUUUUGUUUUUAUUCCUCCAGAACCACAGUGGUGUUUUAACGUUGAGCAUAAACCACAGAAGUAAUAAAAAUAAGAGUUGAGAAACGUGCCUUAAAUGACUCUGCUUUUACCUCAUUAAACUGUAGAUUUGAUAUUUUAAUUAAACUACAUUUUUUUUGUAACAAGUGGAUCGAAAUGUCAAGUUGUUAAACUAAAUAAAAAGCAUGUGAUGCAAUAAUGUUUUCAA